AUGGCCGAGGUCAAUGAGGAGCACUUCAUCUUCCGCGUGAAGCCCCCGCAGCUGGCGGCGAAGCUGCGCGGCUGGCUGCGCGAACAGCAGGGGCUCAAGGGCCGAGCAGAACUGCUUUUCGAAGACAACAACCGGCGCGGCAAGCUCGUGGUGGAGGGCGUGGCCUACCCGGUUUCGCUGGAGGACCUGCCCACCAGGGUGGAGAGCUUCAAGACGUUGGAUGACACGAACCUGGUAAAGAUGACUGACGUCGGCCAGGUGGGGCCAAAGGCGUCGGUGCAAGGGUGGGAGGAUGGACCGGGGGUGCGGGCAGCGCGCCUCGAGGCUCUUUCUGGACAGCGAGGAUACGCGGGCGCAGGCGAGGCGGCGCGCGGCGGCGCGACUGCCCCUUGCGUGCGCAGCGGCCGCGCCUCCCCGCGCGCGGUCGCGGCGGGGCCGCCGCUGCGCCUUCCGCCCUCCACCCUGCUUCCGCCCAUCCGCGACCUCGAGAAGCAGCAGGCCCCCGCGGCCGUGGAAGCUACAGAGGCGCGCGACGGCGUCACGCCCCCAAUGCGGCGUGCGCGCGCGCGGCAGUUCCGGCCGCGGUUCACUAUUCAAAGGGACAGCGUGUUCAAGGCCCCCGAGGGCUGGACGUUCCGGGACGUGGAGGAGGAGUACAGAGUGGACUCGAUCACCGGGGAGGGCCGCUGGGUGGCAGUCGCCGGCCUCCGCGGCCGCUUCGGCAGGAAGCCCGCCGGCUUUGCAGACGCGGCCGCCGGCGCCGCCGGCCCCGGCGGCGCAGCGGCCGGAAAGCCGGGGCGCAAGAAGAAGAAGCGGGGCAGCGAGGACGACGCGGAUUUUGAGGACGAGCUUACGGACGACGACGAGUGA